GGCACUUAUAAGACACACGCAGAAGUUGCAAGCUUGAAGAAAGUGUCUUUUCUGCUGCCAUGACAACCAUGCAAGGAAUGGAACAGACCACACCAGGGGCUGGCCCUGGUGUGUACCAGCCGGGAUAUUAUAUUUCUGUAAAGGAAUAUCUAUGGAAAGGAAUGCCAGAGAAGUUUUUCAAGGGGGAACCCAAAGUCCUUGGGGCUGUGCAGAUCCUGAUUGCUGGGAUGAACUUCAGCUUGGGAAUAAUAAUGAUUUGCGUUCCAGUGUCAGUUAGUGAAACUCAUGUUUAUCCUGCAACAGUGUACUCAGGUUACACAAUUUGGGGGUCACUGAUGUUUCUUAUUUCAGGGUCCUUGUCAAUUGCAGCAGGAACCAGCACUGCAAGGGGCCUGGUCCGAAGUAGCCUAGGAGUGAACAUCACCAGCUCUCUCUUUGCUGCAACAGGGAUCUUCAUCACUAUGUUCAGCAUUAUUUUUUUUUCAUUCAGUUACUAUAGGGGUAUAAAUUUUAAGGAGUUGGAGAAUUGUUCCCUGCUUGUAUCUGUGUUAAUGAUUAUGGAUGGUAUGGUGCUGAUUUUAAGUGUGCUCGAGUUCUGCAUUUCCGUGUCCCUGUCUGCCUUUGGAUGCAAAGUAAUCUGUUGUAAUCCUGAUAAGGUUGUGUUCAUUCAGCCAGCAUAUCCUCACAUGGCAGGACCAGCAUUUCCUGCACUAAUUACAGGAGAUUUGAUGAUACCAGAAUAUCAACAGCAAAAUGUUCCAGGAAUCCUAUCUUGACAUUUAUGCAAGAACCCCA